CCUCCAUCAUCCGCUCCAAUCUUGGCUCCAUUGCACCAUUUUCGCUUACCUGCUGACUUCGGCCCCGGCGAAGUCUACCUCUUUUUAGUCGACAAAGCCAUUUUAGUACCACCACCGAGGUACCUUUCUUGGUCAUUGCCUGCCCACAAUGGCCUCCUCGCCUUUGCACCGACCUGCUUCCCCAGACGGCGACACCAUCAUCGUGACGCCGUGGCGCCCCUCCGCCGCGCGCCAAACUCGCCCGUAUCGAGACGACGACGACGAUGUUCCCACCCCAAAAGGAAAAGUUGGCUGCUCCGGGCGGCACACUCGUCCGCGUGAGGGAGGGGACGACGAUGAUGUUCCCCCCCCAAAAGUUCGCGUUCGCCGCUCCGAGCGGCCGAAUGCCACGCCCACGGGCGACAUUGUCGAGAUUCCCGACUCCCCCGAGCCUGGCACGUCCCCCACCCUCGUCAUGGACUCCCCCGAGCUCGGCAAGAGCAUGCCAGACGGCGAACCACCGACCCCCGCGAGUCCUGCAACCCCCGAGCCCGCCUCCUCCUCCUCCACCGCCCUCCCGGCGCCCAUUCCCUUGUGGAAGAUGCUCUCCGCGAUGAAACAGGGUAUAGAAGAGAGGGAAAAAUUGCUGGUCGAUGAGGUGAAGGGCCUAAGAAAGGAGGUGGAAAGGCUGCAUGAGGAAAAUACACAGCUGAGAGGCCGGGAAACCGUGCUGGAACACGACGUGGAGGAUCUGGGAGAGUCUUGAGACAGAGGAACGACACUCUGACGGCGGACGUGCAAAACUUGACACAGGAGCACGACACUGUGACCGAGCAGAACCGGAUCCUCCGAGGCGAACAUGAAGAUCUCCAACUUGAGCUUCGCCGCGAGCGGUGCCAAAAUAUACGCCUGACAGUCCGGGACACCGUUCAGACCGAAAACGUGGAGGAGCUGACACAGACGAACACCACUCUGACGGCGGACAUCCAGGUCUUGAGACGGAGGAACACCACGGUGACGGCGGACUAUCUCGCCCUCCGUAUUGAGCAUGCGCGGCUGCAGGAAUCCCAUGGCGACGCGCUGGCCAACAACAUGGGCCUGGAGGCGGACAACGACGGCCUGGAAACCGACAAUGGGAUCCUUCGCGGCGACAAUGAGCGCUUGCGGGCCGAGAACGCGCACCUUCAACUGGUCUUUGACGCCCUCCGCACGGCCACGCGGAACAUCCACGCCGGCAACGCCGACCGCCAACAGCGCCUCGACAAUACCGAAAAGGAGAACCACCGCCUCCGCGCCGACAACCUGGGGAUCCCCCGGCUCCGCCAGGCCCACGACACCCUCGGCCGGCGUCUGAAGACCUUCACGGACGUCUUCGAGGUCGUCGACGAUCCCCACGCCUUUGCCCCCGCGGCGGACCACCCUCCCCUGGCCGUUCGCCCACGGCAAGCAUUCACGGUCCUCCUGCAACACGAAGAGCUGCAAUUCCGGUUCUCCGGCCCCGACGGCGACCACGCCGACCAGGCUCGCCUUCUUUUCCGGCCCCCCGGCCCGGGCCCGCGGCCACGGUUGUCGAAGCCCAAGACCUUCGUCUCCCUGCCCACGGCGCCGUGGACGCCCGUGGUCCUGGGACUGGACUUCGCCGAGCAAAAGGUGCACAUCGCCCAGGUGCAAUAUCUCUGUCUGAGAUCCGGGCCGCUCGUGACGGCCGAGGAGUUGGCGGCGGUGCGGCGGGGCGACUGCAAGGAGUUCAACCCGGUCGAUCCUCCCAUCCUCGGCGGCAACAAGGUCCACAACGCUGUCGAGGAUCCCAUCAUCCUCUCGGACAGCAGUGAUGAUGAGAUGGGGGAUGUUGAGCAGACCGGGCCUGGCCCUUCCGGCGUGGGCGUGGAGGAGGAGGGGGAGCAGGAGGAGGACGAGUCGGAGGUGUCGGAGGAGGAAUAGCGCUCUUGUCUUUGGUCUUUGUGGACUUGGUGGUCUUGUCGUUGGUCCUCGUGGAAUUGGCACUUUGGUCUUUGGUCUUUGGGGGAAUUGGGGGUCCUGGCGUUCUGGCAUGAUGCUGGCGGUCUGGUGUGAUGGGCGGCGGCAUGGUGUUGAGCAUUAUGCAGGCGUCAGGGGCCUCGUAUCUGAUGGCGGGGGACUUGGUGGCGUUGGUGAUAGCAUUGGCUGGUGUCAUGAUGAUAGCAUCUAUGGCGUUUGGGCCUCCUGGGUAUAAAUAUGAGCUCGAUGCCCACGA